AUGGGAAAGUUGAUCAAGAACCACUGGGCGAGGCUCAUCAUCUUGGCCGCAGCGACCUACCAGGUAGCUGCCGCGCUGGAAGGUUUCUUCUGGCCCAAGAUAUUCUGGGACUUCGCAACGAAAACGCUCGACCGAGCUGUCAAACCCAUCCCGGUGCUCCAGAUUAUCAACCUGCUUUUCGGGCUCAUCCUCCUGGCAUGGGAGUGGCCGCUUGGCUUCCUGGCCGGUUCUAGCUUGCAUCGCAGCCUCGAGGCCCGCCUCGCGUUUCUUCCCCUGACAGCUCUUGCCGCGGCCUUGAUGUAUCAGGGCACAAAUGCCGCCAUCUACCAGGUGAUUGGGUUGGCCGUCUACUUCUGGGCGUACAGUGAAGGCGAGAUGAUCUGCGCGAAGCCAUGGACUUUACCCCAACGGGGCGCCAGGACCGCCCGUGUAUAG